AUGGAAGCCAAACGAAUCAAGUUGGAUUCGGAAGAGGAGAACUCACGAGAUUCACUGUCGCAGACGUCUGUCAGCUCAAUGGACUCUAUACAUUCUCCAGUAGAUUUAACUUUAGAUCAGCUGAGGUCCUCUGAUCCUAGCGUUCUUGAGAAGGCCCUGCUGAACUUGAAGUCAACGCUGCGAAGCAGAUCAGCUAUUGAACAAUUCAUAGAUUCAGAGUCUCUGCAAAGAUUCUACUUAGUUACUGACGUCCUUGCCAAAGCUGCGACUGAUAUAACGAACAAAACACCACCAUGGCUAUCUAUACUGAAGGAAUCAACGAGUCUAAUCGCAAACUGUUGUCACUAUUCAAUUACCGCAUGUAUGAAGAUGACUUCAUCAAAAAUUGGCUUCGCUAGCAUUGCAGUCCGUGUUUUUGAAAGUGGAUCUUUGCGACAUGAUUGCAAGACAUCUAUGGCUCGGCUAGUUGCGAAUAUGUGCGCACACAAGGAACCGGCAAUGUGUGUGGCCUCUAAUACAUCUCUCGUUGAUCGGCUGGUGUUGUUGCUAGAUUCUGAUGAAAGCAGUGCUACACAAGCUCUCCGUGCUAUUCGCGGACUCGUCGCCUCGAAUUACAUUAAGCCUGCUUCGGAAGACAAAGCAGCAGCAGAAUAUGCAGCUGUGAUCAGGGAACUGUAA